CAGGGCGGUGGGGCCGCCUUCGGGGCGACCCGGGAGGGGCUGGGUCCGGAGACGUUCCACCGUUGAGCAGCGUCCCCCGGGCCUGGGGGAAGUUUGUAAAGGGGCCUCAGUGGGAGUUAGUUAAACCGUUACAAAACGCUCAGCCUGAUCCACGCGCGGGACUCUCCCCCUCCCGGGGAGGCUGCUGAGAGGGGGGAGCCUGGGGAGAGCACGAACCGGGGCCUGGAUCCGCCGGUACUGGGAGGGGCCUCAAAGGACACUGGAAAGCCGGCGCGUGCCCCGCGGGGCACUGUGGGUGCGCCACUGCUUCCCGCCCCGCUGUUCAAUUUGCGGCACUGUCAUAAAAUCGCGAACCGGGCUCCUCGUCGCGGCUUUACGGCCGAGGCCAGGUUCCGUGCUCUGAUUGGCUCCGCCGGGGCGGCGCUGCGAGCUGAUUGGUCCCGCCCGGGGCCGGGGGCGGUUUGAGCGGCAGCGGCCGGUGUGGCGGCGGCUCCGGCACGAUGCUACCCCUGUCCCUGCUGAAGACGGCGCAGAACCACCCCAUGCUGGUGGAGCUGAAGAACGGGGAAACAUACAACGGGCACCUGGUGAGCUGUGACAACUGGAUGAACAUCAACCUGCGGGAGGUCAUCUGCACGUCCCGGGAUGGAGACAAGUUCUGGAGAAUGCCAGAGUGCUACAUUCGUGGCAGCACUAUUAAAUACCUGCGUAUCCCCGAUGAAAUAAUUGACAUGGUGAAAGAAGAGGUGGUGUCCAAGGGCAGAGGCCGUGGCGGGAUGCAACAGCAGAAGCAACAGAAGGGCCGUGGUGUUGGAGGUGCUGGACGAGGUGUGUUUGGUGGCCGUGGCCGAGGAAUACCAGGCAGUGGAAGAGGCCAGCAAGAAAAAAAGCCAGGCAGACAAUCAGCAAAGCAAUGAGAGGCUGUCUGCACCCUGGCCGGGGACAGUGCUGCGAUGCCGUUUGGUUUUUAUCACCUCAGGAUUGCCAUGUGUUCAAAAGCGUUACCUUUCUACUCUUCCGUCAGUUGAUCAGUGCCCGAAUCAUGUUGCUUGGAAGCCCCUCGCAAUUUAAUCUGGUAAAGUGGAGUUGUUCGCUCCUUGUAGUCAGCAAGUCAUUGGAAAUAUUUAGAAAAAAAAGUUUGUGGUUAAGGACCUCACUUCUGCCCUCUCCUGAGAGUGAAAGCACUAUUUAAUUUUUCAGGGUCACCAGGCUUAACUUAAAAGAUUAACCGUGUCCGGUGGUAUAAGAACGAAGGCAAACACUUUUCUGGAUUGUUUGGAUUUGUUGGUUUUUUUUUUUUAUACUUGAAACUUGGGAAACUUGUUGCAUUUGUAAGAGUUGUGAGUAUUUUCGUUUAAAAACACUGAACUUGAGGCUAUUGUAUCUUUAUGCGACUAGCCUUAAGGGUUUGGAGUUUUUUUUAAAAACAACAAACUUUUAAGCUGUUGCUUAUCUUCUGUUUCUGGCCAGUCAGUUCUGUCUCUCUCCUGCAGCUUAAAGGAGAACUUGGGAUGAACAUUGCAUUGGCCUUUAAGGGUUGUUUCCAAGAGAACUCUGUGAUAAAUGAGGGUUUCCCAAUUAGUCUAUUACCAAUUUGACUUCAGAUUAGAAGUUUCCUUUAAAGGAAAGGGUUUGCUGUGUUUUCUUGCGGAAGGCUGGUGUGCCCCUUACUCUUCGUGUUUGGAGUUUUUCUUCUAUUUUUUUUUUUUUUUAGUGAGCUGUUAAGUUGAUUUAUUUCCCACACACACACUUUGAAAACUCUCUCCCUUGUGCCUGCGACACAAACUCCUGAACUCCGACAGUAUUCCUCAAGCUUAUUUCUUCUGGUACCUAGUUACUGACUUCACUAUAAGUACUUGUCGUUUCCUUUUCUACUCACCAAUUAUCUUUCCUUGGGGACACAGACCAGUGUGUGAGCGUGGCCCUCCUGUGGGUUAAGAAAGCUCCUGUGAAUUCCCAGGUCGGGUUGCUCCAGUCUUCCAUCCCACGGGGUGCAGGGUCCCCCGAGCAAAACACACCCGCAAAAAUAUCCUGGCUGAUCUGAAUUGAAUGUCUGCAUGAGGGCACCGGGGGAAGGAAGAGGCGCUGGCUGUGCCUCAGCCCCCUGAAUGGAUGUAAUAGCUUAAUUUUAGGGGACUGAUAUUGUGACUUGUUCUGAACAGGUUUGUUUCGUUUUGUUUUUUACAACUGAUUCCCAUACUGAAACCUACUCUCUGCCAUCACCACUGUAGUGAGAAAAGGAGUAAAGAACAUGCUUUUAUAUAUACUUAUUUUUUUAAUGUUUAUAGAACUUGUGCGCAGUGGUGAGUAGGAAUAAAUCGCCAACCUGUACAAAACGA